ACACUGGAGUCGCGAGUCACGCCGCCGGCGUAUACGAGUACAGUAGUUGCGCGUUUGACUCUUAGCAGUUGAAUUGGAAUUUGUGAUGUGUGUGUGUCAUCGCGUUUUCUUAACAGAAAAACGUCUUUUGGGGACUCGUAUCUGCGAUCUCUCAGCCUGCAUCCUCUCGCGUAUACGUACGUAGUGCGACGAAAGGAAGAAGCAAAGUGACGUGUUACACGUGCAUUGAGUGUGUUAAAGUGCCAUCUGAAUCCGACAUUUCGAGGACCGAGAUCCUACUAUUCCUGCUAGAAUUUCUACGCUCUACGUGUUCCCAUUACAUUUUUCGAGGCAUCAGUGGACAACAACUUCAAUUAUGAAGCUAUAACAAACACUAGCUAACACACGUGCAUGUCAAAAAAUGUAUUAGAGGCUGUGAUUAUUUUAUCUCAAGCUUAAGUUUGAAUAAUCCAAUUAUUUGGAACUAUCAACUCUUUCAUUUGAAGAUAUUCCAAUGAUCGAUACAUUGGAGCAUUUAUUAAUCAUUGGAGAAAUUAAGGAUUGAGUGCUUGUAACUUGACAAACUUAUCGAAAGUAUUUUGUCGUUACGAAACAACUAAAUAGAUAAAAUAACUAAAAAGAUUCAUAAUUUUCGGUCUCUUUACACACAUACUUACACACACUUACUCACUUACACACUUACACACACUUACACACACACACACACACACACAUAUAUAUAUAUUUAAGCAAUAAGCUCCAGUAAAAACAAGAGGAAGAAGCAUUGUCUAGAAACGAAGACGACAAGAAAACAUUUAAUAUCACGGGACCGGAAGUGAGGUCUGUCACAGUUGCCAAUUUAAUAAGUAGCAAUGUAGCAGCGCGAUACAAUGAAGGGUCGGAAGUUGUCAUUACGGGGGAUGUCGUCCUGGCAGCCCCAUCCAGGUUAAGAGGAGCAAUUAAUCUAUCAACCACGACAACUGCAAAGACGGCGACAACGACAAUAACUCCCGGUAUGGAUACCAGUGGUGAUUCAAGUAUGGACACUAACGGCGGCACCGCUGCUACGAGCGUCGGUGCCAUUGCUUCUGUCGUCGCCAACGCUGCAUCCUUGACAUUGGUUAAGGCUGAGAGACCGGAUCAUCUGACGGGGACGUCGACGUCGCCUGCGACGGUAACCGCUGUAGCCACUGGACCGAUCGGCACCGGAAAUAAUCUCUUCAGCGGUAUCGCUAACAGCAAUAAGACAGCUAGGUCGGACGAUUGGCUGGCGACGAACAGUCCGGGAUCACCGCAGAACUCUUUACAGAGCCAGCACGUGGUUUACUCCACUUCACAGCAGCAAUUGUCAGAACAGCAACCUUCGAUGGCCCACUCCAGUCCGCUCACGCAUCAACAAGUUAGCAAUAAUGGAUAUGCAAGUCCUAUGAGCACCGGCAGUUAUGAUCCGUACAGCCCCAACGGUAAAAUAGACUCACAUCUAUGUUUUCCCACUUCCUCUUUUCACACGGUCGCUUAACUAGUCUGAUCUCUGGAAGGAAACGAAGCGAUGCUCACUGGCCCGUUUUAGCUUUCAUCUCUCGGCUGAGCACAGCACAACGCGGUGGGAGAAAUAGAGAGGGAAAAACUCGCCAUUUGUUAGGUAAGACAAGAGAACAAGGAGGACACGAGUGGCUGUGUGCGUCCGCUUGUAUAGACAUUCACCAAGAAAGCCAGAGUCAAGGCCGCUCACUGCUACGUCGUGACAGAGAGGUACUAACCAACAUGGAAACCUUGCUAAGUAAUAUUAAAACCGGCAACGUUUCGCGCGUGGUCUUUCUGGGUUUAGCGUAG